AUGACUAUUGCCCAGAUUAAACAAUCAAUUAAAGAUAUAAUACCUUUAUAUGAUGGUGAAGAUAUGACAAGAUUGACGAAUUAUAUAGAUUCAUUGUAUCAUCUAAGUAUAAGACAUUCAAGAGUUUUACCAAACAAUUCUGAAAUUGGACGUUAUCAUUUAUGUACAUUUGUUAUAAUUGAAAAAUAUAAAAGUCUAUUUGACUUACCUGAUCCUGAUAUUUCAAGAAUACCGAUACAACCACAAACUACAAAUAAACUACUAGACGAUUUUAGGGAUAUUGUAAAUCAAAUGUCAGCUGCAAGUUCACCUGUAUCAACUCCAAAAAAGCCAAAAACUUCUACCAUAACCACAACUCCAAAACAAUCUGGAUCACCUUUGAAAAAAUUACAAGCUGUUGCGUCAUCACCGGCGGCAUCAAAAUCUCCUUUGAGAUAUGAUUUCAAGACUGUACUGAUUGAAGAAUUUAUUACUUUUUGUAACGCGUUUUAUAUACCAUCUGAUUUUACUAAACAAAUGUUAACAACUUUUUAUUCACACAAACAUAAAUUUGCUAAAAAAACUGAUUGGUCUUUGGCUUGUGGGAUAGUUUAUGCUGCAUAUAUAAGAAUAAACCACAUAAUACUAUCAACCAAAAUGGGUGCUAAAACAGAAUUUAUGGAUUUAUUAUUACAAUAUCAAAAGGGAGGUUUACUGAAAAAUUUAUUACAAACAUGGUGUAGUUUAGUAGAAGAUUGGGUUAAAGAUGAAUCUUGGAUACAAGAAAUAGAAAAACAAUAUGUUUAUGGUAAUGAAACUAUUGAAGAAAAAAUUUUAGAUAAUGAAUAUAAAGGUAGAGUUGGAGAAGGUUGGGAUUUAUUAGAAAAAUUUGGCUCAAUGAUACAUGGUGAAUUAUUAUAUCAAUCAGACAAUCAAAAACAAUAUUAUGAAAUUUGGUCAGAACGAGCUUGUAAUAAUGUAUAA